AUGGCUACCCUCUCGCAUGAUAUGAUCAUUGAAAUACUAGGUUGUUUAAGUGUAAAAGAUCUUCUACGCUUCAAGUGCGUUUCAAAGCUCUGGUGUUCUUGGAUCGAGGAUCCAUAUUUCAUCAAACUCCAUCUCUCGUAUUCCCUCAAAACCAAUACCAAUCACUCCCUUAUCCUCCAUCACAGGAAGUUCCAGUUCUUGUCCGUCAACUACGACUCACCCAAAACAACUCGAAGACUCGAGCAGCCAUUCGGUGAACAAAAAAACCCCAUUCAAAUAUUGGGUUCUUGCAAUGGUUUGCUGGCUGUAGAAUAUGACUACAAUAGAAUAUUUUUAUGGAACCUUUCAACGAGAAAAUACCAGGUAUUACCUUCCACUAAAAUAGACUUUUCAUCUUCAUCGAUUUGCUAUGGCCGUUCAAUAUAUUACGGAUUUGGGUACGAUCUCGUUUCUGAUGACUACAAAUUGGUUCGAAUGGUCCAAUUACUUGGAGAAAAUGAUGAAUAUUUUCAUUCUGAAGCUAAGGUUUACAGCUUGAGGAGCAACUGUUGGAGAAGGAUUAAGGAUUUCUGCUUUUAUCUUAUCUUCUAUCGAGAAUUAGGGUUUUUGGCUAACAAUGUUUUACAUUGGAUGGUUUCUAAAACUCCCGAAUCGAGUAAUAGAAACCUUGUAGGUUUUGAUCUUCGGAGCGAGGAAUUCCGUGUAGUUGAAUUGCCGGAUUUUUGUUUAGAUGAGAAUUUCUAUUUCGACGUAAAAGCCAUGGGUGGUUACCUUUGUUUGACUGCAACUCACAGGGAAUUGAAUGAUGUUGUGGUUGAUGUAUGGAUAAUGAAGGAAUAUGGGGUUAAAGAAUCUUGGGUUAAAUUGAUGUCGUCUACCCAACCUGACCUUCUUCCAGGUUCUCCAUUUGAAGUACCUUUGGCUUUUUCAAAGAAUGGUAACAAAGUAUUAUUCCACAAUAAAUACAGUCGGGGCAACAGGGACAGUCUUGUAUGGUAUGAUUUGGGAAGCAAAAGGGUUGAGAAGGUUGCGAUUGAAGGUGUUCCAGUUGUCUAUGAUGUGUACUUGUAUGUUGAGAGCCUUGUCCCUCUUAAUGACAGGCGCCCCAGAGUAUGA